AGAGAGAGAGAGAGAGAAAGCGUAGAUAAAUAUAAUUUAUAUAAAUUUUUUAAAGAACUGAAUAAACCUGUGUGAACUCAUUUGGACACAGUGUACUACAUGCAAGCAGGUGGGAGGAUGUCGGAGGGAAGAUGAUAUCAGUUUGGUCCAUAAUUAAGCUUCACUCAGUUCACUUCUGGACUGCUCACUUAUUGGUGGACCUCACCUGGACGGACCACGGCAGCACGUGGAAGUAGAUUUCCCUUGUUUACGUCCUGCACAGCACAGCUUUACCGCCUCAGUGACUCAUUGUGUGGUUGGUAAAGGCCUAUUUGGAGUCAAUCUCCCGCCUCCUCCUCCGCACCGGCUGAUCCAGUCAAAAGGAGCCAGCCUUUCAUUUGGCCUACAUAUUAAGCCAAAAUGAAUUUCGACCAAAUCCUCGCUGCUAUCGGGGGCUUUGGCAAGUACCAGAAGAUUUUAUACAUAUGGAUUUGUUUACCUCAGAUCUUACUUGCUUUCCACAUGAUGGUGAGCAUCUUUACUGGAGCCACGCCGCCCCAUCAGUGCCGGGAGAGCCCCAGCUCAGGAGUCGAGAACCUGACUUUCAUCCCGGCUACAGGCACGCUGAACGUCACCCUCUCGGACGCCUCUUGCUUCACCUCGGAGGUGCUGGGCAACCGGACGGAGAGCGUCCCAUGUGGCCACGGAUGGGUCUACAGCAAGGAGAUAUUUGAGAGCACCACUGUCACCGAGUGGGACCUGGUGUGCAGCAAAGCUGGUUUAAACAGUCUUGGAUCAUCUAUCUACAUGUUUGGCCUAUUGGUGGGAUCUGUGGUGUUUGGAGCCAUGGCUGACAGGUAUGGCCGACGUUUUGUCCUGCUGCUGUCCAUUGCCCUCCAGACUGUCUUCGGAGUUGCUGUGGCUUUUGCACCCAACUUCCCGGUCUAUGUGAUUCUUCGCUUUGCAGUUGGCACCACCAUCUCUGGAGUCAUCAUCAAUGCUUUUGUUCUUGGUACUGAGUGGACCUGCACCAAGAGACGCAUGCUGGCUGGCAUCAUCACAGACUACACCUUUGGCCUUGGUUAUAUGCUCCUAGCUGGGGUAGCGUACCUGAUACGAGACUGGAGAAAAUUACAACUAGCUAUAUCAGCCCCAGGCUUCUUGCUUAUCUUCUAUAUACGGGUGCUUCCUCAGUCUGCCAGAUGGUUAUUGGCUAAUGACAGGAGAGAGGAGGCCAUUGCACUCCUACGUAAAGCAGCACUUGUUAAUGGCCGAGUCUUACCUCCUGCUGUCCAGGUUGAAAAAUGGGAGAUUUUAGGUGGAGCACAGCGAAGUCACUCAGCAGUGGAUCUUGUUCGGACACCACAGAUGAGAAAGAGGACAAUCAUCUUGUUCUACAUCUGGUUUGUGAAUGUACUAGUGUACUACGGGCUCUCCCUGGGUGUAUCCAGGUUAGGGACGGACCUCUACUUGACCCAGUUUGUGUUUGGGUUGGUUGAGAUCCCAGCUCGCUCUUUGGUCCUUCUUGUCCUGCCCUUUAGCCGCCGUUUGACCCAGAGUGGUUUCCUGGCUGUUGGAGGAAUUGCCUGCCUGCUCAUGCUCGCUAUCCCAGCAGAUCAACCCAAUGUCCUGACAGGUCUUGCCAUGCUAGGAAAGUUUGGUAUUACAGCUUCCUUUGCUGUCAUCUAUGUAUACACAGCAGAGAUAUUCCCCACUGUGGUAAGGCAAACAGGAAUAGGUGUCUCCAGCAUGUUUGCAAGGAUGGGUGGCGUGUUAGCACCCAUUAUCAACAUACUGCAUAAUCACAGCCCUACUACGCCCCUCAUCAUCUUUGGCACCUCCCCUCUUCUGGGAGCUAUCCUUGCCCUGGCACUACCCGAAACAGCUGACAGACCUCUUCCUGACACACUGGAGGAUGUAGAGAACUGGGAUGUGAGGUUGGCUCCCACCAAGGAAAACCCUGAGAUGUGUGAUGAAGUUGGCCAACUGGCAUGCAGUACUGAAAAGCAGGAGCUACAAACUGUAGCAAACCAGCCCUAACAGUGUGUAAAGGGAUGCACAUGUUCCAUUAUUCACAUUUUAUACAGUCUCAACUUUGAUACCAGAUACUAUAACACCCUCUAUGCAAUUACAUGUAAGGAUGUGAUUAUAAGCUCUAUGCAAGAAAGCCAAACACGUUCCACACACCAAACUAGCACAAGGUGUUCAUGGAUACAUGCACAAAGCAGGCAUUCAGUUCUCCUGCCAGGGCCAAUAAGAAGCUUAGUGUUUUCAUCAGAUGAAGGUAAGAGUCCAACAGUCAGGAAUAGUUGUGUAUGCAGUUUUGUAUAUCCUUCAUAACUUUGUACCUUUAACCCAGUUUUGUGAAGCAAUAAUGGUAAGUGUUUGGAUACAGAAUAAAUAGUUCAACCUCAGACUUCACAAACAUACAGAUUUCAUACUUGUGUACAUUUAUAGACCUGUACUAAGCAGAGGAACAACAUUCCACAAGAUUAUUGCCACAUCCUCUCUAAUGGCAGCACUCGGUCCUGAUGAGCAGCUACUUUAAAACUUUAUAUUUACUGGACAGUAAUCUGCAUUACUUUGUGGCUACCACAUAAGAAAAAAACCCUACUAUCAUGUCUCUUAAUUGUUUUCUGGAAUAUGUUUGUUGUAUCUUAAUGUUGUUUUGCAAGCAACUGCCUCAUAAUCUCCUCUUAUGGUCUUUAGCCAAGAUUAGAUUGCAUGCAUUAAUUACCUUUGUCAUGCCUAAUAUAGCCUUUUGUUUGGCUGCUGUAGUUGGAAUUAAUUUUCUAUAGAAAACAUGGGAUGUAACUGAUCAGCAUGUAAACAAGAUUAGCAUUAUUUGUAGACAUGUUUUUUUUUUCUUUACGGAAUUGUACUCAAAUGUAAGUCGGCUGUGGCUGUUAGGCUGUCUUGGAUUUACAGAUGUCAAGUACAUCAUACAUACUGUAUAUUUAAAGGGCUUGUGGGAGUGAGAGGUAAACUGGGAAAAUUCCAGAUAUGCAUCAGAAGCAAAUGUUAUGCAACAGGCUACUUUGGGGUUAUGCUGUUACUCAGGCAAAUUAUGUAGAUUUUUUAAAGUCUAUCAUUUCACUUGCAAAAAAGAUUUGAAGUCCAGUAUGUUUUGAAUGCAUAACAUACAUGAGGAGUGGUAACCAGUUACUCUACUGCAUGAAUUUGAGAAAGCAUGUCCUACUGCUGGCUGCACCAUGUGGUUAUUUCAGAUUAACCAGAGAUGUCACAGCAAAUGGGUUACUUUUAAAGAAGUUUUUUAUUGUCAUGAUUCCUUGUCCAAUGCAUUUGAAUGCAACAAUUUUCUAACAAAAAACAUAAAUGUGUCACAAAAUGUACAUUACCUAACUGAAAAGAAGGCGUAUUGCCUUGGUUCCUCCAGCAAUAAACUUGUUUGAGAAAGUG